CACAAGAAGCCACGCUGGAGAGAAGCCUUUUGCCUGCACACUUUGUGGUAAAAAAUUCAUCGAGAAGGGAGGUUUAAACAAACACACAAGCAGACACAGUGGAGAGAAGCUUUUCGCCUGCACACUUUGCGAUAAAAGAUUCGCUCAGAAGGUACAUUUAGUGUCACACACAAAAACACACACUGGAGAAAAGCCUUUUCCCUGCAUAUCUUGUGGCAAACGAUUCACCCAUAGGGGAAAUUUAAACAGACACACAAUCAGACACACUGGAGAGAAGCCUUUCGCCUGCACACUUUGCGAUAAAAGAUUCGUUCAAAAGAAAGAUUUAGAAAAGCAUAAGCGUACACACACCGGAGAAAAGCCUUUUGCAUGCUCACUUUGUGGUGAAAGAUUCGCUCAGAAAGGAAAUUUGGUAACGCACGUAAGAAGCCACACUGAGUAAAAACCUUGGAAUUGCAGCGUGUGACAAAAUAUUCUGAUUCAUGCCACACAUUUACAGUAGAAAAAUCCCUUCAAUUUCAUUAUUCAGUUUCCCUUGAGCCUCUUUUGAAAAAGGUUUUGAAAAGAUUUUUCAGGUGCUGUUCUUUUUCUCAACUCUCCAAUAUAUAUGGCGGAAAACAUUCAGGUGACUUGAAGUUCCGCUCCGAGACCCCCAAUUUGGCCAAAUUUCAAAAUUGUCCGAUAUGCACGUGUGAUACAUCAUUGGAAAGCUUAAAAUCUCAAUUUUCUGGGGGAAGAAAGAUUUUGAAAAGGAGGGCCUUUAAAACAUGUUUUUUUAAUAAACAGCAAAACCCUAACUGGAGGCGAGAGCACACAAGAGCAGAAUUAAAGACGCCACGAUUUUAAUGAGAUAUUAUCGUGUACUUACCUUGUUUCGAUCCAAAAAGUCCCAUGUAGUGUGUAUCACCAAGUGUGAAGGCACAUAUGUGAAAGGCCAACGCCGGAUUUGGGGGGAUUUUAUGAGUGAAACAUGGUCAUAAAGCAAGCGUCGCGAUGCAGAAAUCGCAGACAUCAAGGAGUGGUCGAGAUGUUCUUUUUCAUAUAUUUACCCUUUUAAACGAUUUUUUCCGAUUUUUCUUUGUUUGGAUCGGAUUAUUUGUCAUCUAAAAUAUUGGGGAAAAUGUGACAGUGAUAAAAAAAAAUACAAUUAAGCGAUAGUUACGAGGUAGAUAUCCGUGACUUUUUUAGACGCUAAUUUUCAAAAGUUUAAAAUAUGCGAGUGAAUAAUAUUUUAAAGUCGUUUUUUUUUUUUACCGAAAUAUUAGACAUGAAUUAAUUAUUCAAAGCUAAAAAUGACAGACAUUUCAGAUAAUAAAUAUGAUUACUUACCUUCUUUUUAUGGCUAUGUUGAAACAGAAGCGGUUGCAGGACGUCUGUAAACGGGGGUUUCCAGCGUAAAACGGACAAAUUAAAAAUAGUUCGGGGACUUGAUUCGCCAUGAAUCUGCUAUGGCAGCAUAUAUACAUAUUGUUCUAUCAAACACCCAACAGUUUUUUUGGCUUAAAAAACAGCAGUUUAUUUUAAAGAGGGGUGCAAAAGCAGAAACUGCUUUUUUCAGCCUUGUCUGUGUUUUCCGCCAUAUACUAAGCUUGAGAACGAUAAACCGAUACGACCAGAUAUCCGGUUUUACAGGUGAGCGAUACGGCGUUAUCGAUAGCAAACUAACCAAUCGAUAGUAAAUUGCAAGUAAACCUGAAAUGUAUCGAUAGCAGAACAAGGAUUCGGCUAUUGCGAGAGUAAGAAUCGGUUAUCAGCGGCCAUACCAUUGCAUUGCUAAUUUUAUGUAUCAAGCGAUGUGUGGAAGAAUGACAAUUAGCAUUUACUUCUUUCAUGCUGCGCUGUUCCUUCCACACUGCUCAGUUCGCAGAAGUCGGCGCUCGAAGCUUGCAACUGUAGAUUCUACGACGUGCCUGUGAUUGGCCCCGAAAUGUAGACCGCUCCCCGCCUUUUUUUCGGCCGCGACCAAUCGGCUCUCCUCGCCUAGAACUGUAGACUCUAAGACACGCCUGUGAUUGGCCCCGAAAUGUAGACCGCGGCCCGCCUCCUGCUUUUGCUGUAGAAAAUCCGACAUCGCAGUUGGCCAAAAUGUAGACCACGGCCCGCCUCCUUUUUUCGGCCGCGGCCAGUCGGCUCUCCUCGCCUAGAACUGUGGACUCUACGACGCGCCUGUGAUUGGCCCAAAAGACGCAAUCGGCGAAAAGACCCACGCUCCCCCUUCAAGCUGAACAGAUCGAAUUGGAAGGAUGGCAAAAAAAUUGGGAAUCUGAACCUCAUGGGCUACCCGCUGCGGACAUAAAGUGGCUGAAGGAGGACAGUGAAAAAGGCUUGUUUGAAAAAGAGGUCACCUACGUGUACAGACGUGGGGUGACAAAGAGGUGGCGUUUCCUCAAAAAUGACAUGUGGUUUUACCCCCCUGAGCCACCUGGCGUAGCCAGAGCAGGAGGCGUACUUUUGGCGGACUCCUUCUUCCGCAGCCGUGUGUUUUUCUGGAGGCCUGUGGGCGUGUGGGGUUACAGUGUACGCUGUCCGCGAAAAGACUGUCCCGCACGCGAAUUAAAAGACGUCUUUUUGUCCCACUGCGGGUACUCCAAGACGGUGCGGCAAAUCUGUGACCUCUCCGGAUGGUACUCCAUGCUGACCGAGGUGCUGGCCUGCAACGCCUGCAGGAAAGCAGCCCAAGACUCUGAGGAGCAUUCCAUCGGCCGAUUCCUGUCAUGGGACAAUGACAUAUUGUCCCAGCUCUCUCCCGGCCACCGUGAAAUAUUCCCGGCAGUCUUGGCUCCGCAAUGCGGUGUGGACAAGCAAGUCCUGUCCUUGAUAGAGGACUGUGCGGAGGGGAACACCAUGACAAAGCUCCAUAGGCAAAUUCUGGAGAGGCACAGUGCGGAGUACCUGCACAGGCUAGAUCUCUACACCACCCUCCUCACCCAAAUCAGCAAAGCGGGCGGGAUUGUAAGAUCGAUGGGCGCCCAGGAAUUCCAGCCGCCACGAAGAAAGCUGCCACCUCCCAAACUUCUAAGGAAGGUCUUUCUUAUCUCACAGCUCGACAAGAUCGAGGACUACCGAACCCAAAUUAUGUCCACGUUUGGUCAAGUGCUAAAAUUCGACUCCACAAGAAAGAUCUGUAAGAAACUAUCAGGAGAGGGAAAAGGCACGGCGGCUUGGUGCACCAACGUGGGGAACGAGCAAGGACAGAUCCUCACGUCAGUCCUCACUUGCGCGGAGUCCCUGACCAUGUUGCGGCCGAUGGCGCUGGGUCUCAUGGAUCGCUAUCAGAAAGCUGGGGAGGCAGCCCCCGAGCUCAUGUACGUCGAUCGCGGCUGCUGCCGUAGCCGCGGCCUGUCUGCCGUAGGACAGCUCUUUGACAGUUGGGCGGACAGUGGGAUGAUCGUCCGCCUCGACGCCUUCUAUUGGAUCCACAGUUUCGACGCGGCACUCCUGACGAACCACCACGCCAAGUACAGCCUCUUCAAAUCGGCUCUCUCCGCCGCGGUCUUCGCAUACAACAAGGACGACAUGGCUCUACUCGUCGAGUCAGAGCGCGCCGGCCAUCACACCGGCUACAGGACAUUGACGGACAUCGAGGUGGUGGAAAAGCUGCUCCGAAAAGACCACCUCAAGCACUACGUGCGGAGGAUAACAGUCGGCGCGCAGGAGACCUUCAGACGUGUGCAACGUGCCAUAGACAUCUUGAAGGGGCCGGCGGGGAAGGAUGAGAACCAGAUCCACCUUUUCAAAGACGCUGCCGCCAUCGACCACGUCUGGGACAACCAGCAGAAGCACCUAGAAUGUCUGCAGGACCCACCGGGCCGUGACAUGUACACCGUAGUGGGCUACGCCAUCCGCAAUGGUGUGAGACUGCCCCGCUACCGUUGCGUGAGGAGCAGCAACAGCCUGGAGGGGUUCCACGCCUUCAUCCCCGGAAUGAUCCCGGGUCCUCACUGCGGGGCCGUACCUUUUCAGGUUUACCUGCUGAGCGGCAUCGCACGCUGGAACGCAGACCGAGAGGCGUGUAACAUCAAAGGCCAGAAGGGGCGAGUUCACCGCUUGUACUCAACUCCCCUGAUCCACCGCAUAAACAAGAGGUGCCAGGAGUUUUUCCAUCGGAUAGAGGAGGUCAAUCACCGGCUCCCUGUUCCCACCCAUGAUGAGCGACUGGGCUUGGAGUACCUGUUGGCCCAGUCCACGGACGAGUUCAACGUCAGGGAGCACUACUCCAAGGCCAGCGCCACCAUCCUGGCCACGGAGGACCACGAUGACGAGUCGGAGGAGGAGGAGAAAAAGGAGGAGGCUAUCGAGGAGGACGACGAUGCCGGUUACAACAGCGACCGCGAGACUCAAGGGUCGGCCCCGCUCGGUCAGCUGCUGCAGCUGACUGAGCGGGCCGUGGCCUCGGAGCUGGAUCCCUGCGCCGAGGAUGUGUGCAGCCUUCACCAUCUGCCCGGCUACCAGCACGUCGAGACACUGAGCAGGGUGCUGGUGGAGAUUGCCUUGGAGGAGGGGAAGUUGAGUCUCACCGAUUCAGUCAGGCAGCGGGUCUUGGCUGCGUGGAACCAGCUGGACCUCCAUGAUCGCCAGAUACAAGAGUUCGACAGCCUCUACGCAUCUCGCUGGGGACACUCCCUAUUCGGCCUCACCAACGGCGACCCAGCCAGCGCUUCUUUGGUCCAGAAACUCAAGUUGUCUAAGCGCUAUUCGCCUGCCCACCUGCUGGACUCGCGAAAGAACCGCCUGAUGUAUUGCGUCAUCAAGCAGUUGUGGCUCCACCCAGGCUGUGGCGCCGCAAGACAAGGGAGCCCCGUCAGGCAAGCUGUCACCCGGAUGUACCAGCGCGCCCAGCAGCGGGUGACGGUGGAUGACCUUGUGCUCAAAAAACUCGGCAUUCCCUUCCUGAAGGUGAACAGCAAGUGCGUCAGCGAUUUCAUUAGGAGACAAGAAGCCAUGUCAGCCAACAAAGUGACAGACCAAGGCCUUUCUGUCCUCCAACGGCCACAGAGCUUGUCUGACACCAGUCUGCCCCCCGCUCUGGAGCUCCCCGACAUCAGGCCCCAAACUGACCGGCCCCAGGUCUGUUUUAACGUCGUGCCCUCCAUGGCCGGGACACGGCAGCUCAAGCGCAGGUACAUAAAUUUACCUAUAGCGCCCCGCCCCUCCACGUUCCCUUCUACGCCGCUUGCAGGCGGCUUCGCCGUGGUGCCUCCCCACUAUACUGUCACCACCCCUCCUUCGCAGACUCUCGUUGUUGUACCUUCGGCGCCGCUUGCGGUACACGGUCACGUGCCACCUCCCAACUCCACAGCCGCCCCCACCGCUUCACAGACUACUGACACUGCGCAUCUGUCUGGCGCCCCACAGGGUCCCGCCAGAUCCACUUACUACAAACGGCUCGCCAAUAACAAACCUGCUUUUGCUGUCAACAGUGUGAAAUACUACAACUGUGCCCUGUGUGGUCAAUCCACACAGGGCCACAAAAAAUAUAAAAAAAAGACAUACUGUGAAACGGCCAGGGCCUCCACGUCCAAAGGACUUUCUGGCAGGUCCUUUGCAAAUUUUGUCAAUUUUAAGGGCGCAGUUGAUGACCUUUUGAAAUAAAACAUUGAUACGUACUUCAUGUCUCAGCUACCUUAUUUUACACACUCCCCCCUGCCCCCAGUCCUGUAUAUUGUGCACUUACUCAAUGAGUGCAGAAGGAAGAUUUAAAACCAAAUCCUUAUUUCUCAACAAUACCUGCAAAAACUUGCUUAUCAUGAAACUUAUUUAAGACUCAAUAAAGGUUGCUUAACUUUUACUGUCUACUAUAUCUCCUUUAUGUAAUUAAAUACAAGAAAAAAAGGCUGGAAUUUCAGUUGAGUAUAAUAAAUACAUUUAAAGAAAACAGACAUUUUAAAAAAUCCAAAUGCCCUUAACUGCAAGUUGGGGGGGGCUAAGAGCAGCUAAAACACAGUAAUGAAGAAAUCCUAUAAUGCUGCGCUUCGGACUGCGACGCUACUUGAAGAAAACAUCGUCGAACAUUUGGUCCUGCCCUCCCGCAGCCUCUGAACAGAUGCUCAACCACCCUGCAGACUGGAAGGAUGCCAAGACCACCCAUAGUUACUUGUUACCUGCUGGGCAGAAUGACACCCUGAAGGAAAAUUUAAAACCUAGUGACUUAUUUCUAAAGGCAAGGCAAAUUUAUUUAUAUAGCACAAUUCAACACAAGGCAAUUCAAAGUGCUUUACAUCACAUGAAAAUAAUAAAAAUCACAUUAAAAUCAAUACAACGUAAAAAAGAAUCGAAAUAGGAAAUAAAAUUAUACAUAAAAAUCGCAUUUAAUCACGAAUACAAUAUAAAAAAAAAAAACAUACUACUACUACUGCUAAUAAUUGAAAUCAGCAUUGGAGAUAAGCACAAGAGGAAUAGAAAGCAAAUAGAUUGACAUACAUAGACAGUUAUGGAUAUGCAGUGUUAAACAAAAGCGAUUUUAGCCCUGAUUUAAUGGAGCGAACAGUUUGAACAUACUUCAGACCAUCAGGUAAGUUGUUCCAGAAUUGAGGAGCAUUACCCUGCUUGGUUCUUGUUCAUGGAACAUACAGGAGACCGGUUCCAGACGACCUUAGGAGUCUAGAUUUUUCAUAGGAAUCUAACAAAUCAAGCAUGUAUUUUGGU